AUGAAUUCUACUUCUCUCCUCCUCUUUUCCAUCGUAUCUCUCUUCCUCGUGGCUGCUAAUGGCUUCUGGGAGACGGAAUCUCUCUUGAAAUUCAAGAAAUCUCUUGUUAUUGGGAGAGCAGGCGCUUUGGAGAGCUGGGACAGAAAGAAUCCUACAUGCACAUGGACUGGUGUCUUAUGUCAUCAAGGCAAAAUUUGGGGGCUACGACUAGAGAAUAUUGAGCUCUCUGGCUCUCUAAACAUCGAAGCGUUGACGAGUUUGAGGUCUCUAAGGUCUCUAAGCUUCAUGAAUAACAAACUUAACGGUCCGUUUCCGGAGUUCAAGAAACUUGGUGCCCUAAAAUCCAUUUACUUGUCAAACAAUCAAUACGAUGUAGAGAUACCAAGGGAUGCAUUUGAUGGGAUGGGGUGGUUGAAGAAGCUCCAUCUCGAAAACAACAAGUUUGUUGGUGAAAUUCCCUCGUCCAUUGCCAAAUAUCCCAAGGUUUUAGAAGUUAGACUUGAUGGGAACAGGUUCACUGGUCAAAUACCUGAAUUCACACAUGAGCUACACAUGUUAAAUCUUUCAAACAAUGGAUUAUCAGGUCCAAUCCCAAAGGUUCUCAGUAAAAUGGAUCGAAAAAUGUUUGAAGGCAACAAAGAGUUAUGUGGAGAACCUUUGGACAUGGAAUGUACUUCUCCUUACAACGUUUCUUCAGAGCCUAAGAAAAGAUCCAAGAAGAAAACAUCAAAGUUUUUGUACAUUGCAGCUGCGGUGGUAGCAGCUUUACUUGCCAUACUCAUAAUUAUUGGAGUAAUCAUUGCGAUUUGUCGGAGGCGAAGGAACAAGCAGCCCCCAUUGUCAGCAGAUGGUGAACCAUCAAGUCUACAGAAGAGAGCUGGAAUCCAAGAUAGUGACAAGGGACAAAGUAGCUGCCAUUCACAAAACCGUACCGCAAAGAGGAUGAUUCAUACCACAAAGUUGACAUUCUUGAGAGAUGACAAGGAAAAAUUUGAGCUGCAAGAUUUACUGAAAGCAUCUGCGGAGAUUCUAGGAAGUGGGUGUUUCGGAGGAUCGUACAAGACAGUGCUUUCGAACGGAUCGAACAUGGUAGUGAAGAGGUUUAAACAUAUGAAUAAUGCAGGAAGCGAUGAGUUCCAAGAUCACAUGAAGAGAUUAGGGAGGUUAAAGAAUGAUAAUUUGCUCCCAAUUGUGGCUUACUACUAUAAAAAGGAGGAGAAACUUUUUGUUUUUGACUUUGUUCAGAAAGGAAGCUUGGCUGGUCAUCUGCAUGGUCAUAAAUCUUUAGGGCAACCAAGCUUGGACUGGCCAACAAGAUUGAAUAUUGUGAAGGGUGUAGGAAGGGGACUUUUAUACCUACACAAAAACCUGCCUAGCCUAAUGGCGCCACAUGGUCAUCUAAAAUCAUCCAAUGUUCUUCUGAGUGAGAAUUUUGAGCCUCUUCUUACAGACUAUGGCUUGAUCCCAAUGAUCAACGAAGAAAGCGCACAAGAGCUUAUGGUGGCUUACAAAUCUCCAGAGUUCUUGACACAAAGCCGUGUGACCAAGAAAACUGAUGUGUGGGGUCUCGGUGUACUCAUCUUGGAGAUUCUAACAGGAAAGUUCCCUGAUAGUUUCCCACAAGCCAAUCAAGAAAAGGAGGAAACCAUGGUGAGCUGGGUAAAGUCGAUUUUCAAAGGAGAAUGGACACAAGAAUUGUUUGAUCAAGAAAUGGGGAAAACCAACAAUUGUGAGGAAGAGAUUCUGAAACUCUUGAGGAUUGGACUGAGUUGUUGCGAAGAAGAAGUGGAGAAAAGGUUAGAUAUAAGAGAGGCUGUUGCGAAGAUAGAAGAUUUGAUGAAGGAGAGAGAACAAGGAGACGAUGACUUUUACUCAACAUAUGCUGCGAGUGAAGCUGAUGGGAGGUCAUCAAGGGGAGUGUCAAGUGAGGGAAUUAACUUAGCAUGA